AUGGAUUGCUUCAAAACUGCCCGCAAACCGGGUUGUGGUGUAAGCAUUGGGUGCGAGGGUGUGGUUCGACGGGUGAGGUUUGACGGGUGCUCUUUUAAACUUGAUCACUGCAUAGCGCACGUGUUAAAUACCGCCAAGUGUAUGUCUGCAAGAAUUCGUGCCUCGAAGUCGAUUGCCUACAAGUUGUACCGCGGUCACUGCUCCUUUGCUGCAGCCAAGACUCAGAUCCAACAACGUCUCAACUACGCAAUAUGGUCCAAAGUUACUGUGGCCACCUCCAUCCUCACCCGCAUGCCGGCGCAUGCCACAGACGUUGUCCACCCACUCCACGUGUAA